AGGAAAAUCAAGUGUGUCUACAUAGAACAGAAAGACUUCAAUAACAAUAUACUUCUCGAGGCUUUUUUUUUCUACUGUUGAAGCUCUUUCACUGUUAGAUACUACUAAGUUGAAAAGGACAAGAUGAGUUGGACUGUUGCAGAUGCAGUGGACUACAAAGGGUCCCCUGCUGAUAAGUCUAAAACUGGUGGUUGGAUACCUGCUACUCUUAUCUUAGGGAUUGAAAUUAUCGAAAGGCUUUCGACAAUGGGAAUAGCAGUAAAUCUGGUGACAUACUUAGGUGGUACAAUGCAUUUGCCUAGUUCAAGUUCAGCCAAUAUUGUAACAGAUUUCAUGGGCACGUCCUUUCUCCUGUGUCUGCUUGGAGGCUUUCUUGCAGACUCUUUCCUCGGCAGAUACAAAACUAUUGCAAUAUUUGCUCUUAUACAGACACUGGGAACCGGGAUGUUAACGUUGGCAACCAGCCUGCCGCAACUGCGACCCCCUCCGUGCCAUCGUCAUGAUGCCAAUUGCAAACCAGCAAAUGGUUUUCAAAUGGGAAUCCUAUACUUAGCCUUAUAUCUCAUAGCAUUAGGUACUGGUGGCUUAAAAUCUGGUGUCUCAGGAUUUGGAACGGACCAAUUCGAUGAGAAAGAUGAGAAGGAAAAGGCGCAAAUGGCGUUUUUCUUCAACAGAUUCUUCUUCUUCAUCAGCAUGGGGACUUUGACAGCAGUUACAGUGCUUGUUUAUAUCCAAGAUGAAGUUGGACGGAUCUGGGCUUAUGGUGUUUGCUCAGUAGCCAUGUUCAUUGCCAUUGUAAUAUUCCUUCUGGGUACUAAAACGUACCGAUACAAGAAAAGUGCAGGAAGUCCUAUUGUCCAAAUUUUUCAAGUCAUUGUUGCUGCUAUAAAGAAGAGGAAAAUGGAUCUUCCAUAUGAUGUGGGCAUGCUCUAUGAGAAUACUACUCCAGAGGAUACAAGAAUCCAACACACAGAAGAAUUCAGAACAUUGGACAAGGCUGCGAUCGUAGCUGAGGGAGAUUUUGAGGACCACUCUGCUCCAAAUCCAUGGAAGCUUAGCUCAGUGACAAGGGUUGAGGAAGUGAAAAUGAUGGCAAGGCUGCUCCCAAUUUGGGCCACCACUAUAAUUUUCUGGACCACCUACGCACAGAUGAUUACUUUUUCUGUUGAACAAGCUUCUACCAUGGAAAGAACAAUAGGCAACUUCCAAAUUCCAGCAGGAUCUCUCACUGUCUUCUUUGUGGCAGCCAUCUUAAUCACCUUGGCUGUUUAUGACCGAAUUAUCAUGCCACUUUGGAAGAAAUGGAAGGGAAAACCAGGUUUUACCAACCUACAAAGAAUUGCCAUUGGCCUUGUAUUAUCCGUAAUAGGAAUGGCAGCAGCUGCGCUAGCAGAGAAGGAAAGAUUGGCAGUUGCAAAAUCGGUGGGGCGACACACUUCAACUUUGCCAAUUAGUGUAUUCGUCUUGAUCCCGCAAUUCUUCUUGGUAGGGGCUGGAGAAGCUUUCAUCUACACCGGCCAACUCGAUUUCUUCAUAACACAAUCACCAAAAGGGAUGAAGACAAUGAGCACUGGCCUUUUCUUGACAACCCUUUCACUCGGUUUCUUCAUUAGCAGCUUCUUAGUGUCACUUAUGAAGAAGUUGACCAAAAGUAACGCUACACCUGAAGGCUGGCUUGCAGACAACAUAAACUAUGGAAGGCUUGACUUGUUCUAUUGGCUUCUUGCUGCGUUAGGAGUCAUAAACUUUGCCAUCUACCUAAAUUGCGCAACUGGGUACAAGCCAAAGAAGGCUAAAUCUGCCACAGCGAUGGAGACGUUGCACCAUGGAAAUGGAGCUGAAGACAAGUGCUAGGAUUUAGCUAAGCGCUCGUGUUGCAAACAAACUAUAUAUGCUGUUCAAGUUGCCGUUUUUAAUUUUAUUAAUUUCUCGAAUGGUGUGUUGCACAUGUAUAACAUAUCAUGUAACGUAUGAUUUUGUAAAAUACUAUUAAUAUCAUGAAACAAAAGAUUGUGCGAAUAACUAAAUAUGAAAAAAAAUAAAGUACAAGGUUUUGCGGAAAA